AUGACUAAAUUACUAUUGUAUUUUAUAUAUUAUAUAUCUCUUAUUGUUCCUUUUGUAAAAUGUCAAAUCGAUAAACAAUUGUUAUGGGUAGAACCAAUAGAAAAUCUAAAAUUAGAUAUCGCAAAGCGAUCCAAUGUAUUCUUUGAAAAGAGAGAAAUAUCACCCAAUGUAAAAUAUCGUCCUACGGCACACACAUUAAAACAUGACGAUUCAUUUCGUUUAUCACUAGAGGCUUAUAAUAAAACAGUUUAUUUACAUCUCAUUCCUAAUCUCGAUCUAUUUCAUCCUGAGGCUGUCUUUCAUUUUAACGGCAAGUCAGUCAAAAUUAAUCCCGAGGAUUAUCAAGUAUAUCAUGGUUAUGCGGUAGAUGAAAUGUAUACUGAUCAUUGGUGGUUAAAUGGCUUAUUAGAAGAAGAUAUGGAUAAUCAACCUGGUAUAUUAGGAUCAGCUAGAGUCAUUGUUCGAAAUGAUAUCAACCAUAAUCUUAAUUAUCCAUUGUUUGAAGGCACGUUUAAUAUGUAUGGAGAUAUACACCAUAUUAAAUUAAAAGAAAAUUAUCAUUUAACAAAGAGAACGGAUGAUGUACAAGCAACAUCAAGCAAUGCUCAUAUGAUAAUUUAUCGUGAUUCUGACAUGAUAACCCGACAAAGUGAAAGCGGAAAUUGUGGUUUUGAUAGAUUAUCAAAUACUCAAAUAAAAUAUAAUCCUUUUGAAGUUGUAGAUAAUCAUAUGAAAUUUGCUGCUGCUAUACAAACUAAUAAUAAGCUCUCGUUACUAACUAAACGUGCUCCUACUGGCUGUCCCACUACAAAGAAAGUACUUUAUAUGGGAGUCGCUGCAGAUUGUACAUAUGUUAAAUUUUAUCAAUCAGCCGAUAAUGCACGUAUGCAAAUCAUCAAUGAUUGGAACUCAGUUAGUUCUGUCUACGGAAACACUUUCAAUGUUAAUAUUGGUUUAAUCAAUAUCACAUUGAUGGAUACUACUUGCCCCAGUACUCCGGUUAGUUCUGUAAACUGGAAUCAAGCCUGUUCUACGAGAUAUUCUAUUUCAAGUCGAUUAAGUGAUUUUAGCAAAUGGAGAGGUUCUAUUGGUGAUGACGGUGCUGGCUUAUGGCAUCUAAUGACAAACUGCGCUACAGGUGCUGAAGUCGGUAUUGCAUGGAUGUCACAAGUGUGUAAUACAGGUAGUAUUCAAUCUAGUACGACGGGUGAAUAUACUUCUGGAACUGGUGUUUCAUCUAUUAUUCGUGAUGAAUGGAAAGUUGUUGCUCAUGAAAUUGGUCAUGGCUUUGGCGCAAUUCAUGAUUGUACAUCAUUAUCUUGUCCUUGUUCUGGAUCAAGCUGUAACUGUUGUCCAUAUAGUUCGACUCAAUGUGAUGCUCAAGGAAAAUACUUUAUGAAUCCUACCAGCAAUGCCUCAUCAGAUGCUUUUUCCCCUUGCAGUAUUAGUACUAUUUGUAAAUCUAUGCCCGAAUUUAUGUCUUGUUUGUUAGAACCUGGAUCUAAAAAUAUAACUACUUUGAAGCAAUGUGGUAAUGGUAUAAAGGAGGAAGGUGAAGAUUGUGAUACAGGUGGGGAACCCAGUAAUUGUUGUGAUCCUUCUACUUGUAAAUUUAAAGCAGGAGCAGUCUGCGAUGAUUUUAAUGAUCUUUGUUGCAAUAAUUGUCAACUACGACCUGCUAAUUAUACGUGUCGUCCUGCUUCAACAGAAUGUGAUAUUGCAGAGGUAUGCUCGGGAACAUCAGGUGACUGUCCUCCUGAUAAAUAUAAGGAUGAUAUGACAAGUUGUGGAAAUGGUCUUCAAUGUGCAUCAGGGUUAUGUACCUCUCGUGAUGCACAAUGUAUUGCUCGUGGUUCAACUUAUGAUAUAACGAAAGCAUGCGGGGCUGAUAAUGGAUGUCAAGUUACUUGUCAAGAUCCUCGUUCAGCAUUAGCAUGUAUUCAAUUCCCUGGUUAUUUUGUAGAUGGUACACCUUGUGGUAUUGGUGGUGUUUGUAAAUCAGGUCAAUGCAAUACAGACAAUUUUGGUAAUAAUGUCAAGAAUUGGAUCAAUAGUCAUAUGCAAAUUGUCAUUCCAGUGGCUAUCGUUGUUGGAUUACUCUUAUUGUUUUGCUUAUUCAGAUGUUGUUUCUAUCCUAACCGACAUGGAUAUAAUAAUAUGGCAACUACUAAGGCUGUUGUCAUUCCUGUUCAGCAAACCCCUUAUUCACAAUAUAAUAGUGCUCAACCUCCUUAUUAUCCACCCCCUCCGCCUGUUGUAGGAACACCAGGUAAUGGAAAUAAUCAAAGAUAUUAUACACCUCCUCCUCCUACCGGAUGGGUAGAUCCAGCAUUAUACAAUGGCAAUUCUUAUGGACCCCAACAGCCACUUCCGGCCUAUACUCAGACUUCGGAUCAACUCCAUAACACAUAUGAGUUAAAUAAUGCAAAUCAAUGGCAGAAUAAUACUAAUCAUGGUACGGAAGUUACUGGUAGUCCCUCUAUACCAACUUCAGCUCCUCCACCUUCUUAUCAUAACACAUCAGCUCCUACACCUCCUACUUCACAUAAUAAUAAUAAUAAUGGUCAAAGAACCUAUAACGAAGUUAUUCUCUAA